GAGCUGCCAUUUUUGCAAAGCUUCAAUGUUUUGUGCUCAAAAAAUAUGUGGAGGCUGUAAGCAGCCACAACCAACAAAAAAGAUUUUGCAAAAAAGGCUUUCAAAAUUUGAUUCCCGAAGAGAAGUGUGGGCGGCUGGUGUGAAGAUCAACCACAACGUUGCAGCCUUGCACAAUGAUGCCAUUUUAUUGCUCGAGAAACUCCAGGCUGUAGGGUACAAACCCACUCUCCUGCUUGCCAAAGGCCACAAGAAGCCUUUUAAAUGUGAAGCUUUAACCCCGCGUUCCAUCCUGAAUGAAUGCUCAAAGGACUGCAUGAGCAAUAUAAAGGAGGUUUAUGCAGUCUUGUGUGAAGGGUGGACUGAGGAUUCACAGGACACACAGAGUCCUCUGACCUCAGACCUCUGUGCAAAUCCUGAACAGGGACCAGUUUUCACCCUGACACUGGUCCCUGUCAACCCCCAGGAGACGUCGACUAGCCUGACCGCCGCUCCCAGGGUCGAGACGUCGACUAGCCUGACCCCCUCUCCCAGGGUCGAGACGUCGACUAGCCUGACCCCCGCUCCCAGGGUCGAGACGUUGAAAAAAAAGAGGCAAAGAAAGCCAGACAGCCGGACUCAACAAAAGAAACAAAAGAAAGAGUGCUUGUAUCACACAAGCCUGAAGGUUUUCCCCAUCAGGAGUGUGAUCAAGGAGAGAGUCAGAAAGGGCAUAUCGGAGAUUUUUGUGGACUGGCAGCCUUGCCCAGUGUGUGGAGAGGAGUGGCCCAAGUCCUGGCAACCAAAGGCGACCAUACAACCUGUCACAUCAAUAUAAAUAAAUAAAAAUCCAUUCUUUCUCCUUGUAUUCAUCUUAGCUACAAUAUGUUGAAUAGGAUUUGUGCAGGGUUGUUUUUUUUCAGUAGGUUUAUUGGUGCCAACAAAGUCUUAUCAGGAACAGGAGCCGAGUGCCCCAGCUGGGCGUAAAAAAGUUGGUCUUAACUCUUACUUCGGUCUUAGCUACGUCC